AUGGCGGAGGGCGGGGCAGCUCGCCCGGGCGAGGACCGGGAAGAGGAGGCUGCGGCGGCCCCGGCCUCGGCCCCGCCGACCCCGGGUGGGCAUCGCCAGGAGAAGAGGCCCUCGGGGUCGCGGGCUGGGCCCAGGCCUCCCACCGCCCGCGACUUGCAGUUGGCCUUAGCAGAAUUAUAUGAAGAUGAAGUUAAGUGCAGAUCAUCAUUUCAAUCUGACAAACCCAAAGCUAAAAUAUUUAAAAGCCCAAGAACACCACCUCAAAGGUUAUACUCAGGUGAACAUGAGUACAGUGGGCUACAUAUAUCAGGACCUUCAAAGACAACUGGAAAAAUUGUGAAUGAACUUUUCAAAGAGGCAAAGGAACAUGGAGCAGUACCUCUGAAUGAAACCACAAGAGCUUCAGGUGAUGGUAACAAAUCUAAAUCAUUUUUGGGUGGUGGAUAUCGAUUGGGUGACUCCUCUCGAAAGAAAUCAGAAUAUGUCUAUGGAGAAAAUCAACUACAAGAUGUUCAAAUUUUGCUCAAACUUUGGAGCAAUGGCUUCAGUUUAGAUGAUGGAGAAUUAAGAUCUUAUACUGAUCCAACAAACGCCCAGUUUCUAGAAUCUGUUAAAAGAGGUGAAAUUCCUCUGGAGCUUCAGCGACUGGUCCAUGGUGGACAGGUGAAUUUGGACAUGGAGGAUCACCAGGAGCAAGAAUAUAUAAAACCAAGAUUGCGAUUCAAGGCUUUUAGCGGAGAAGGGCAAAAACUUGGAAGUCUUACACCUGAAAUAGUCAGUACACCUUCUUCCCCUGAAGAGGAGGAAAAGUCAAUAGUAAAUGCAGUUGUUCUUGUUGAUGAUUCAGUGCCAACAACAAAAAUUCAAAUCAGGUUAGCAGAUGGAAGCCGGUUGAUACAAAGAUUCAACCACACACAUAGGAUCGUGGAUGUCCGAGAAUUUAUUGUACAGUCCCGCCCUGAAUUUGCAACUCUUGGCUUUGUUCUUGUUACAUCGUUUCCAAACAAAGAGCUAACUGAUGAAAGCCUGACACUUCAAGAAGCAGAUAUACUUAACACUGUGAUUCUUCAACAACUAAAGUAAUCUUGCUCCUAUCUCUGCAGUAGCAUGUGGGAUAAAUAAUGUGCCAAAUUUUAAAAAGGAAAAAAAAGUACUUCAGAAAAAAUAGGAAUCACCACAACUAUUUUUUUCCUAGAUCAAUCUUGGUUUUAUUGUUCUGUCUUCCAGCUCCAGUGUACCUAAAUCCAUUUUAUGAAUGGACUUUUUCUAUUCUGUGUUGGUCCAAAUAUAGGCCACACUCUCCCUCCAAAUAUGGCUUGUAUAAAAACCUGAGUGUAGUUGGUAAUUUUUCCCCUAACAUUCAGCUAUAGAUCUCUUUGAAAGGAAAAAAAGGAGGGAUACAGCUUGUAUCCAGGAGUAGCCAAUAUUUGGUCCAAUACAGUAAUUGUUCAUUUGGAUUUUUAGACUUUUUUAUAACUGAACCUCCUUAUGUUUAUAAAUUCCAUAAUUCUCUACUAAAAAUGAAUUACUUCCACAGUGACAUGACAGUUUUUUUUAAAAUAUGCUUAACCCUUACAAAAUAAAACCACCUUUUUGAAUAUAUACCUUAUAUUUGGUAAGAUUUACACUAAAGUAUUUUGAUGUUAUGUUGACAAACUGCCAUUCAAAAGUUUCUUGAUCAGCUUAACUGAAAUUUUUCUUUCACUAUAAUUUAUAUUGAAAAUAUAACUAUAUUCUGAUUUAGAAGCAGAUUGAUUAUGCAAAAAGUCAUUUUUCAACACACUAAGUUUUUACAUAUGCAUUGCCAUCAAUUGCAUUGAGUAUUUUUGUGAUACCAAAUAAUCUAGUUUGACCUUCAAGCAUAUAUAAUUUUUCUCCAUUCUAAUCAUACUACUGUGUCUGACACCAAACAAAAACACAUAAAUGCCAGCAGUACUAGAGGUAAUGAUGUAAGCAGACGCUGUCAACUGGUAAAACUCUGUGCUGUUUGCUAGUCAUCUACAGUCUUGUUCAACCUGGGGCACACUACCUCCUGUCCCUUCCUACUCCCUGGCAGAAUUGCCAGAGCAAGAGAUAACUCCUGUAGCCUCUUUGAAAUGUACUAUUAUAAUGGUCCUUUUUAGGCAUUUCUAGCCUGAAAAACUAUCCACAUAGAUAUUUGAAAUAGUUACUAGAACCAUGAUACAGGAGAGAUAAGGGAUGAUAUGAAUGGCAGCAUUUGAAGUGUUGGGAUAAUGCUUUUUUAUUUCUUUCAAAGUCACCAUUUUUGCUUACAUAGCUUUCCCCAGCACGUUCUAUAACAAGGGCACUUAAGAAUGUCUGUCUGUGCUUUGUCACUGCCAUUUUACUAAAUUUAUAGCACUGGGGUAAGUGAACUUUACAAAGCUAUUAUGAAAACAGUUCACUUUUUUUCUCCCCUUGGACAUAGACGGAGCCUAUGCAAGCUCUGCAAGCAGUUAUAAUAAUGAGGCUGCUAACCUUUCCCUUUGAGAGAAUUUUCCCCCCAAACCCCAAGUUAUACUCAGAAUAGAGGAGAUACUUGCCUCUUGCCAGUAGUUUGAAACAGCCUUGUGGUGAUAAGCAAAUUAAAAUUGUGAAGAAAUUUAACCCAAACCUUAUUGUAUUCUUUGAAAUUUCGUUUUUGUGGGUUUCCUUCUACAUUUGAUGAGAGUGGCCAUAGCUGCAUGUAUAAAAUUGGCUGUCAUGUUUAUGCAUAACUUUCUUCCAAAAUACUUGGACCCAUGUAAGAAAAUUAAACCCUCAGAAGAGAUAACAUUAGUUUAACAAAUACUUCAUAAUAUUUUACUUUGUUGAAUGCUGUUUUCCUGAAAGACCUUUUACUUAUUAAGUUAAUA